AUGGAUCCCAACAUUUCGGGUUCCUUCCUGUUCAACAACGGCCUCAACCAGUUCUCGACGGACAUCAAGGCGCCCGUAUGCCAGUACUCUGUGCCCGGCCCUUUCUACAAGCUGAGCUCUGGUGGUCUCAACAGCCAGCUGCAGCCGGGCACGCCGCACGGCAUCAGUGACAUUCUCAGUCGGUCCAUGGUUGGCGCCCCCGGUACCACCUUGCUGCCUGGGUACACCCCGAUGGGGAGUUUCGGAACCACUGUGCCCAACCCAGGCAUGUACUACAACCGUGACUACAACUCCCCAGCCCUGGGCACCUUCAGCAAGCCGUCAGGGGAAUGCCCAGGCAUGAAGAGUCACACGGGGAACUGCUGGGCAGACGGAGGGUACGACUGGAGAGGAGCUAGGCAGCCGUGCAGUACCGACAGUGGGAUUAACAGUGAGGUUGCUGGCAGAAAGAAACACACCAGACCCACAUUCAGUGGGCACCAGAUCUUCGCCCUGGAGAAAACCUUUGAGCAGACCAAGUACCUGGCAGGCCCAGAGAGAGCACGGCUAGCUUAUUCUCUAGGCAUGACUGAGUCUCAAGUCAAAGUAUGGUUUCAAAACAGGCGCACGAAAUGGCGAAAGAAGAGUGCAUCUGAGCCGAGUUCUACGCAGGCCUCCAGAGGAGACGGCGGAGGAGAGGCGUCCGAAAACGAGGUGGAGGAUGAAGAGUAUAACAAGCCCCUGGACCCAGACUCGGAUGACGAGAAGAUUCGGCUGUUACUGAGAAAACAUCGACGAGCUUUCUCUGUGCUUCGCUUGGGUCCACACCACGUUUGA